AUCCCCAAUAUCUGCGUUUUCCUACCCUCUCAAUCUCUUGGACUAACUGGACUGGUAAUUUACGAAUUACUUUUUUUGUUGUUGGAAUAAUGGCCCCGAAUUCAAAACUAAACGCAAAGCGCAAGGCGCAAAGGGAAGCAACCAAAGCUCCUCCUAAACCACGGUCCGAACGGCGCUUGGGAGAAGAACCAGGGAAAAGCGAGGCGAAGGCACUGAUCCCCAUUGAACUCCAGCAGCUUUUAUUGAAUAUAUUCCGGAAUUCGUUCGCGGAGCGGCUGAGUAUUGAUUUUGGGCCGCUCUUGCAGGAGGUCAAGGGACAUUUGUUUAAUCGGGAUUUUGCGGCUGCGUUUGGCAAGGAGGAGUAUCUCGAGAUGUAUGCUGCGCGGUGGAGUCCGAGUCGGGCGUUGGGGUAUUUGGACUUGUUUUGGGAUUUGAGACAAGAGCUGGGAUUCGACUUGGAAGAAACCAUACCUAAUGCCGACGGAUCUGAUAGUGUUAAGAGUCGGAAAGUUGUGUGCUUGGGUGGUGGAGCUGGGGCGGAAAUUGUUGCUCUGGGGGGAUUACAGAAAUUGCUUGCAGGCAAGAUGGUGGAGCAAAAGGAGGGGGAAGAUGAGAGGGCGGCGAAUGUGGAAAAGAUGGAGGUUACGGCUGUUGAUAUUGCAGACUGGAAUGUGGUAGUGGAGAACCUGGCAAAACACCUUACGACUGCACCGAUACUGUCAAAGUACGCAUCAGCUGCUGCAAAGGCGGCAAAUGUGUCCUUCCUGGACUCAGCGCAGAUAUCGAUUACCUUCCACCAACAAGACGUUCUUCAAGCGUCUGCAUCGGAUAUGACAUCGCAGUUACGAGACGCAAACCUAAUCACUCUGCUCUUUACCCUCAAUGAACUCUACUCCACAUCCCUCCCUCUCACUCAGAAAUUCCUCCUCCAGCUCACUUCAAUAAUGGAGCCCGGAUCCCUACUUCUAGUUGUCGACAGCCCCGGAAGUUACUCCUCGGUUACGCUGAACGGAGCAGAGAAAAAGUACCCUAUGCAAUGGCUUCUCGAUCACACGCUCCUGGACCAAGCCAGUAGCAACAAGAACGAGAGAGGCAAAGAUGAGAUUGCGAGUUGGGAGAAAGUGAAAGAAGAUGACAGCCGAUGGUUUAGGUUGGAUGAUAGGCUGAGUUAUCCGAUUGAGCUUGAGAAUAUGCGGAUGCAGAUGCAUCUGUAUCGACGACUAUAGUCAAGUAUCGAACCUCUUUAGUAUUUGACGCGCUGUAACGCACUCUAUUAAUACUGGAAUAUUCCCAAUCCUACAUCUGGGCAGUCAUUUCGACACUCCACCAGCGUCAAGAACUAAGCGGAAAGCCGAUAACAAAGGAGAAGGGCAGUUCCCGGGA